AUGGAUUCGGAGAAGCACGCGGCCGACGAGGAGCAAGAAGCAUUCUUAUCACACCCGCAACGCGGCGGAAAUGCCACGACGGACAUUCCGCCAGACGGCCGACAUCAUGGCGAGAAGAGCGACCGGGCAACGAAGUUGAUGAAAUGGCUAAGACUGCUCCUGGAGAUUGCGAUGGCCGUCACCAUUGUGUGUCUGCUAGUGUUCAAGCCCUCUGUUGCUGGACGAGAGACCCUCCGGAGGACGCCAGUACCUCACUUUCCAAAGAAGAUCUAUACCUUUCGUAACGACCCUAAAUAUGUCCGCGGGGACAUGUGGUUCAACGAAUCGCUCACCCUCCGUACUCUUCAUAACUGGAUCGAGUUGAGCUCAGACAGCCGAGGCUACGUCGUGAUUGACGACCCCAGCGGCUACGACCUUCCGGAGCCGUACACCGUGGCCCUAGACCGGCACAACGAUGGACCGGGGUACAUGAUGACGGUGUUCCACCAACUGCACUGUCUCUCCUACCUCGCCGAGCACUACCAGCAAGGGUACGACGGGGUGAAGCUGACGGAGGAAGUCGCCCACCACACGGCGCACUGCUUCAACUACCUCCGCCAGGGCAUCAUGUGUUCAGCCGACACGACGCUGGAGGGCAAGACCGAGGCCGGGCCGGGCGAGGGUUCCGAGCACGAGUGUACGGACUACGACGCGCUGCUGGAAUGGGCCAACAAGCACUCGGCCAUGAAGUGGAGGAACGGCCUGCUUCCGGGUGAAUCUAUUCUUUGA